CCUCGCCGCACCAUCAGCGCCUCCCCCAUCCCCAUGGUUACGGCUCCUGCUUCCGACCGUCCCUCGUCCCCGACCGUCGCCGCCCGCGGGAGCAGGCGCAGCGGCCGCUGGCAGUCCUCACGCAGAGUUCGGGAAGCUGCCUGCUGAGAAUUGCACUGAAUGUCGGCUGCUCCUGGCUCUGACUCAUCCUCCGGGGUGCAGAGCCCCGGCCGGCGCUGGGCUGCGGUCCUGCAAUCUGUUGAUAACUCCACUUGCAGGCUCCAGAGCGCUGCCUCUGGGAUGGAAAACUGCUCCCCAGACCCGAGAACUCACCGCGGCUCGCCGCCAACGGGAGGCACAGGACCGUGGCCACUCCAGCUGUUUUCACCAAAAUAGAUGGGGGCGGCCUCUCCACCCUUGCCCGCCCCACCGCGGUCGCCAGGGGCUCGUCCCCGUGGCCACUGUUCGGGACCUUGACCUUCCAGACAGCCAUGGAAGCUGGCGGGGAGAAGGGUGCAACAUAAUCGGCCGGGCGGGCGGCGCCACCUCCACCCUCUGCUCACACCUCAGUGACUUCUCUGUGCUCAUGGAUCUGAGGGCCGUCCUCUCCCUGCCCCAGGCCCCCGGGGAGUUCCUGCACCCCGUGGUGUACGCCUGCACCGCCGUCAUGCUGCUCUGCCUGCUGGCCUCUGCCGCCACCUACGUCCUUCACCGCAGUGCUAUCCGGAUCAGCCGGAAAGGCCGGCACGCGCUCCUGAACUUCUGCUUCCACGCGGCUCUGACCUUCUCAGUGUUCGCCGGCGGCAUCAACCGCACCAAGCACCCCACCGUGUGCCAGGCGGUGGGCAUCGUGCUGCACUACUCCACGCUGUCCACCAUGCUGUGGAUCGGAGUCACUGCCAGGAACAUCUACAAGCAGGUGACCAAGAAGGCCCCCCUGUGCCCGGGGACAGACCAGCCACCGUACCCCAAGCAGCCCCUGCUCAGGCUCUACCUCAUCAGUGGAGGGGCUCCUUCCAUCAUCUGCGGCGUCACGGCUGCCACGAGCAUCAGGAACUACGGGACGGAGAGCGUGGAUGCUGCAUACUGCUGGAUGGCCUGGGAGCCCAGCCUGGGUGCUUUCUACGGGCCGGCGGCCUUCAUCGCCCUGGUCACCUGCGUGUACUUCCUCGGCACAUACGUCCAGCUGCGGCGCCACCCAGAGCGCAGAUACGAGCUCCGGGAACGGGCAGAGGAGCAGCAGCGGCUGGCGGGGCCAGAGGUGGCCCAGAGCCCCGGGGCCCCGCCUGGCUCGCCGCCUGCCCGCGCCACCCUGGCCGCCUCGCUGCUGCAGAACGAGCACUCGUUCAAGGCCCAGCUGCGGGCCGCCGCCUUCACACUGUUCCUGUUCGUGGCCACGUGGACCUUCGGGGCACUGGCAGUGUCGCAAGGCCACUUCCUGGACAUGGUCUUCAGCUGUCUGUAUGGCGCCUUCUGCGUGACUCUGGGGCUGUUCGUGCUCAUCCACCACUGUGCCAAGCGGGACGAUGUGUGGCACUGCUGGUGGUCCUGCUGCCCCUCCCGCAGGGACCCUCACUCAGCAAAGCUCGGCACCCGCCCCGCACUUGAUGCCAACGGGGACGUGCUGGGCCACGCGGCCUGCCUGCCGGACUCACCGUGCCCCGGCAAGCCACUUGGCUUCGGCCACCCCCAGGCCAGCCACUGCAAGAUGACCAACCUGCAGGCCACCCAAAGCCAUGUCAGCUGCCUGUCCCCGGCCACGCCCUGCUGCGCCAAGAUGCACUGCGAGCAGCUGAUGGAGGACACGGGCCAUAUCCACGUGCACGAGGAGGAUGCCUUCGGGCACGACUCGCACCUGCACAGGUGCCCCCAGGGCAGAACUAAGCCGCACUACUUCAGCCAGCACCAGGCAGCCGAGCAGGAGUAUGCCUACCACAUCCCGUCCAGCCUGGACGGCAGCCCCCGCAGCUCCCGCACGGACAGCCCCCCCAGCUCGCUCGAGGGCCCAGUGGGGCCCCACUCACUGGCCUGCUGCGCCCAGGGAGACCCCUUCCCCUUGGUCACCCAGCCUGAGGGCAGCGACGCCAGCCCCGUGGUCUAUGGCUGCCCCCCGCGGCUUGGCAGGGAGGUGGCCCAUGGCCCUGGUCACUUCGAGAUGCUCCGGAGGACGCAGUCCCUGCCCUUCGGGGGCCCUGGCCAGAACGGGCUGGUCAAGGGGGACAUGCCCUACGGCUCCGACAGCACCGGCAACAUCCGCACGGGGCCCUGGAGGAACGAGACCACGGUGUAGCGGGCAGCCGGGCACCGUCGCCCAUGUGGCCGCGCACACACGCACCGGGCGUGCUUCAGUGCAGCGUCAGGACCUCUGCCGCACGAGGGGGCAGGGGGUCACUACCGGACCGAGCUUUGGCGGUACCCCACUGACCCCUUCAGCAGGAAGGACUGGAGCAGAAAGACACUUUGGGCCACAUCUGCAUCCACGGACCUGAGGUCAGACCAGCGUCCACAUCCAGACACCUGCCUGCCAUCCUGCCAUGCCUGGUCCCCGGGGGGGCAGCCCAGGGACGGACCGGGCAGGGAUUCUACCAAGGGAGCAGCCCUCAGCACCCGCGUGGCCCGCGCAGCCUAGCGGGCAUCCCACCCACCCUGCCGCCUGCCCACGGCAGGAGGUGCCACCAACAUUUUCUAGUGUUUCGUGUGUGUGUUGUUAAGUCUUGUUCCUGGGGGCAGACAGCCUGCCGGUCAGUCCAGAGCACUCUGGGCAGUUGCCAUGAGCCCCUCCGCUGUCGUGGGGACUCGCGUCAGCUCCCUGCCCUGCACUGGCUCCAACCUCAGCCCAGUCUGGGAUGCAGCCACGCUCCGAGAGACCGUCGGCGACCCGAGGCCUUUCCAGGGCCAGCGGGGGCCUGAAGGGUCGCGCCUUCGAAAUGCCCAGAUGUCCUUUAAUAUAGACUCAGCUUGCAACGCCAGCGUCUGCCAGGACUGGUCCCGCCUCCCAACAGGGGUGUUUGGGAACAGCUCUGUUCCCUGCCACAGAGAGGCGCUGGCAUUACUGUGACCCUCCAGGCACAAAACCGUGAGUCGGAGGACAGAUGUCAAUCAUAGAUCCUUCUGCGACAGCAAGUGGCACAUCCCUCGGGAGGGGGUCCGUGCGUCCCCACGGAGGCAGAGCCCAGACAUCCGGGGGACGUGCGUGUGAGCCCGGCAGUCAUUCCUCCCUCCUCCCUCCCGCCCUCCCUCCUUGGGUCUGUGGCACAUGUGCACCCACACGCAUGCACACGCACACAUGUGUUGGUGCACAUGCCACAUACAUGUGUGCGGGUGGUGCUCACGUGCACAGCACACACCACGCGCGUCACACGCAUCACCCGUGGACACACGUCUGCUGCACACGGCACAGGUGCACGUGCAGGGUGGUGUGUUGUCCAGCCACCCGAGGGCCAGGCUUUCUUCGCCCUGUGCAGCCUGGUCCCCAGGACUUGUCAGCAGCUGUGUCUGGUCUGGGGGGGGCCCCAGUGGGAGGAGGCCCUUCCUCAUGCGCCUGGGGUGGGCGGCAUGUCAGCCGUCCCCGGGCUGACUCUCAGUAUCUGGGCACAGGAGCCUGGUUUCCUGACAGUGAGGUUGUAAUAGACCACGGUGCCUGGGGCCUGCCCCGAAUCCCGUGUGUCCUCACAGGUCAAGCUGACAGCAGCUGACAGCACCGGCCCCCGUCCAGCCUGCUCACCUGCUUCCAUGGCUGGUACAAACCAGAGACCCGGGGCGUGCUGGGUUCUCACUGUAGACACAGAACUGUCCAUGAAAUACAGUAUUUUCAUCGUU